AACACACGCACAAAAUUCGCCUGUGUGAUUUUUUUUUUUCUUCAUUGCAAAUAGUUGAUUUCGUUCAGUGAAUAAAAUGUUUAUUUUCAGGCAUGUGAACAGUCAAAUAUUUGGAUUACUGUGGAUUUUACUGGUUUUGUGUAAUAUUUAUCAAAUACUUGGCGAAACAUCAGCUGAUUCAUGGUUAAUAUUUGCACGUGAAGCGAAAAAAGUGCUCAACAAGUGCUACAAAAAUCAUACAGAUUUAGCCGAUUCAUGGUCGUGUUUAAAACAAAACAGUUUACUACUUUACGAUGAUAUUGCAAAGGCAGACCACAUUCCGUUAACAGAAAACUUUGAAUUGCUUCGAAGACCAAAUCUAACCAUAAAUGACGCACAAUUAGCAGCACAAAGCUACGAUGAAGAGAAAUCCUCAUGGAUUGAGGAGAUGGAGAAGCGAAUUGUUGAAACGUUUGCCACACAUAAUGUUCGUUUUCUAUUCCAAUCAUCAGAACAUGGUGAGGCACGAAGAAGACGUCGUCGAAGAAUGAUGAUGCCAGCGAUGGUUUUCGGUAUGGCGGUUUUAGGGGUAAUUAUCAUUCCAUUGGGAUUCCACGUUAUGGCCAAAAUUGGUGGACUCGCCUUAUUGUUUGGAAAAUUGGCAUUGCUCAUAGCAUCAAUAACUAGUUUAAAACGGUUAGCGGCACAUGGAGUACACUACGGUUUAUACCACACAGAUCACCACUAUGCCUAUGGAGGCCCACCAUUUCAGGGUUACUGGGAGAGGAACGAUCGGGACGAUGAUCGCCGAAGGGAUCCCAACUACAAUAGCAAUUAUUAUCGCACAUAAUUCAUAAUAUGACCUUCUUGUCUUAUAUUUUGACCAUUUUUUUCUCUUUCUAGUGCUUAGCUUUCGAAAUAUACGAUUUAGAUUAAUUUAAUUAAUUCUGUUCAAACAGAAACCAAAAUAACGAAAUAAAGAGGAACUUUUUCACGAUA